CCGUCACAUACAUCUAACCAAUUUUAAGAUAACACUACGUAGACGUAAGAUGCGAAGAUAUUCCAUCUGAACAUAUCACGUCUCCAAGAAGAUACAUGACUCGAAAAUCCGUCCGUCCGUCCACUUCACUCUUCUAAUCCUUCCAAGAAAAGCUCGUGAGAGGCAACAUCUCCAAGGCGUUUGGACGAUGAGACUGAUGCCGUUCCUUCGUACGAAGAUCUUUUUCUUUUUAGACUGGGAUGGGUAUGUACGCAGGCAUUUCGACGAUCGCUUGAAUGAAACAAGAGCUUGCAAUGGCAGCUGUGAGAGAGAACUACACGUCUUGAGAAGGAGGUUAGUAAGUUUUGCAAAAUUACGUGGCUGUGAUGCCAAUGUUAUGCUUCAAUCUAAUGCCACCCUCCUGCACCGCACUAGGGUAGACGUCUCGUCACCUUCCAUCCACCAGCUCGGCAUUCUAGCACACUGGUCGUUGAUACAACGGUCCUACAAACCUUUUGACCCGCCAUCUUCACACUUCAUCUGCUCGAGCACGAACGUCACCGCGUUGUUCACUAUUAUGACAGUCUUUCACGGUACUGUUCAGAACAUCCCAUCCCUAUCGCACGGAAACCCUCCUAUGUCCCUGGCCUUCCCACCGCACCCCUUGAAUCCCCUAGAGUCCCGGAGUCAUGUGUAGACGGUGGUUUGAACGGUCGUGUACAUACCUUGC